UAUUGAACCUAACCUAAAGGCGAAGAGAGAGAGUGAGAGAAAGGCUUGUGCGAAGCGAAGGGAACCGGGGGAAGAGAGAUUGAAAGCAGAGGGGAAUUACCGUUGGUGUGUUUAUAAUUUUUGAAAUCUCAAAUACUCGUUACUAUCCGUUGGCUCUUUCCCGCCAUGGUGGCUCAGGUGGAGAAUAGAGCAUCCCUCGACCAGGUUCAGAAGACCAGGACCUUGAUCUGCGCCCUCAAUCUCAUCUCGAGGAACCUCCCUCUCCCUCCUGAGAUCUUUGACACUGUUUCCUCUAUUUACCUCAACGAGGAUGGUGCAGAUAACACGGUCGAACGAGGAGUUGGCGUUGAAUCCCACAAUAACGAUGACAAUCUCCUCGCAGGGGAUGAUUCGAGUGGCCAUCAGAUUUUUGAUGGAGGGGCUUUAAUUACUGAGUUUGAGGAUGCACUGAUGAAGCAAAGACCAAAUUGCAAGUCAGGUUUAUGGUUGAGAGAAUCAAAGGAAAAUCGUUUAAAAAGCCAUAUUCAGCAUCGUUUAACUGAGCUUGCAGAAUUGCCUUCAAGUAGAGGUGAGGUCCUGCAGACGAAGUGCUUGCUUGAGCUCUAUGGGCUAAAGCUAGAGGAGUUGCAAAGCAAGGUCCGAUCUGAUGUGAAUUCGGAGUACUGGCUUUGUGAGAAAUGUGUGUAUCCUGAGAAGCAAUUGUUCGAUUGGGGAAUGAUGCGAUUGCAUCGCCCUUUUAUCAUGUAUGGUGUGGCAGAUGUUUUUGCAAUGGAGACUGAUGAACGCCUGCGAAAGAAACGGGAUGCAGAGAGGUUGUCAAGGUUAGAGGAGGAGGAAAAGAAUCUCAUGGAGACCAGAAAAAGGAAAUUUUUUGCUGACCUUCUUAAUACAGCUCGUGAAUUUCAAUUGCAAGCACAAGCUGCACUGAAACGCCGGAAACAAAGGAAUGAUGGGGUUCAGGCAUGGCAUGGAAGGCAGAGGCAACGUGCUACAAGGGCAGAAAAAUUGAGGUUCCAAGCACUUAAAGCUGAUGACCAAGAAGCAUACAUGCGUUUGGUGGAGGAGAGCAAGAAUGAACGAUUGACAACGCUUCUUGGGAAAACCAAUGAGCUUCUUGUUCGUCUGGGAGCUGCAGUUCAAAGGCAAAAAGAUGCUGAACAUGAUGCCAUAGAACCUCUUAAAGGCUCGGAUACAGAUGAUCCUUCUCAUUUGUCUGCUUCUGAGAGUAAAACACCUGGGGAUUUGGUCCCUGAUGAAGACAUAGACCUGAUUGAUGUGGAUUCUGAUGGCCACGUCAAGACAAGUGAUUUACUUGAAGGCCAGAGGCAGUAUAAUUCUGUCAUUCAUUCGAUUCAGGAGAAGGUGACGGAGCAACCGGCCAUGCUUCAAGGGGGAGAAUUAAGACCAUACCAAUUGGAAGGACUUCAGUGGAUGCUAUCUUUGUUUAACAACAAUCUAAAUGGGAUUUUAGCUGACGAGAUGGGAUUAGGAAAGACUAUUCAGACCAUAUCGUUAGUUGCAUAUCUAAUGGAGAAAAAAGGUGUGGUUGGGCCCCACUUAAUUGUGGCUCCAAAGGCUGUAUUGCCAAAUUGGGUUAAUGAAUUUGCAACCUGGGCCCCUAGUAUUGUAGCUAUUUUAUAUGAUGGGCGUCAAGAUGAAAGAAAGAUUAUGAGGGAGGAGUAUUCUGGAGAAGGGAAAUUCAAUGUGAUGAUAACCCACUAUGAUCUUAUUAUGCGAGACAAAUCAUUUUUGAAGAAAAUUCAGUGGCAUUACAUGAUUGUUGAUGAAGGACAUCGGUUGAAAAAUCAUGAGUGCGCUCUUGCACGGACUUUGGCAGACUACAAAAUUAGGCGGAGGCUUCUAUUAACCGGCACCCCUAUACAGAAUAGUUUGCAGGAGUUGUGGGCCUUGCUUAAUUUUCUCCUCCCCACCAUCUUUAAUUCAGUAGAAAAUUUUGAGGAGUGGUUUAAUGCUCCCUUCGCAGAUCGAUGUGAUGUUAGUAUUACGGAUGAAGAAGAGCUGUUGAUUAUUCGCCGUUUACAUCAGGUUAUAAGACCUUUCAUACUAAGGAGGAAGAAAGCUGAGGUGGAGAAGUUCCUUCCUGGGAAAACACAGGUCAUACUGAAAUGUGAUAUGUCAGCAUGGCAGAAAGUAUACUAUCAACAGGUCACUGACUUGGGAAGAGUUGGGUUGGAUACUGGAUCUGGGAAGUCCAAGAGUCUCCAGAACCUGUCAAUGCAACUCAGGAAGUGUUGUAAUCACCCCUAUCUCUUUGUGGGAGAAUAUAACAUAUGGCGCAAGGAGGAAAUUGUCAGAGCAUCGGGCAAAUUUGAGCUGCUUGAUCGCUUGCUUCCAAAACUCAAAAGAACAGGGCAUAGAAUUCUGCUUUUCUCAACAAUGACCCGUCUGAUGGACAUCCUUGAAAUUUAUUUGCAACUGCAUGAUUACAAGUACCUUAGACUGGAUGGCACCACAAAGACAGAAGAAAGAGGGACUCUACUUAAGCAAUUCAAUGCACCAGACUCACCUUAUUUCAUGUUUCUUUUGAGCACCCGUGCCGGGGGCCUUGGUCUAAACUUACAAACUGCAGAUACUGUGAUAAUAUUUGAUAGUGAUUGGAACCCCCAAAUGGAUCAACAGGCAGAGGAUCGGGCCCAUCGUAUAGGACAGAAGAAGGAAGUGAGGGUCUUUGUGUUGAUUAGUGUUGGAUCAAUUGAAGAGGUUAUCCUGGAACGUGCAAAACAGAAAAUGGGCAUUGAUGCCAAGGUCAUUCAGGCGGGGCUGUUCAAUACAACCUCCACAGCUCAGGACAGAAAAGAUAUGUUGCAGGAGAUCAUGCGAAGAGGUACAAAUUCACUUGGGACAGAUGUGCCAAGUGAGAGAGAAAUCAACCGUCUAGCAGCUCGAUCGGAUGAGGAGUUCUGGUUGUUUGAGAGAAUGGAUGAGGAAAGACGACGAAGGGAGAACUACAGAUCAAGGUUGAUGGAGGAACAUGAAGUACCUGACUGGGCAUAUGCUGUCUCUGAUAAUAAGAGAGACAAACCCAAAGAUUUUGAAACUGCUUGCAACAAAAUUACAGGGAAGCGACAAAGAAAAGAGGUGGUUUAUGCUGACACACUGAGUGACGUACAGUGGAUGAAGGCUGUUGAAAAUGGAACAGACUUGUCAAAGCUUAUGACUAGAGGGAGGAGAGAACAACUUCAUGAUGAGGCAAACGAAUCGGCCAGUGAUAGUGUAGGGGGAGAGCAAAAAGCAUUUGACCCGAGGAAUGUCAAUGAGUCUACAGUGGGAGAGGGUGAAACUGAAGAUUUCUUGAGUCGGACCCCUAAAAGGCUCAAAUCCGGACCCACGCAGUGCAAUAAACCUGAAAAUGAAGGUCUUGGGGGAAGUAGUUGGAGCGGGGAAAUCUUCACAUGGAAGACCCACAAGAAGAAGAGAUCAAGCCAUGGUGCUCCAAUUUCAUCAUCAUCUGAUGCAAGAGGGCAGAAUUAUAACAGCAGACAGAAUGGAUGGGUUUGAUACACCCCAAAUCAUUUUGAAGGAUGUAUUUAUAUGUAGCUCGAGUGAUUUUAAUGUAAUUAUAGUACAAAGUCGUCCUAUUCUUAGGGUGGUGAUCACGUGCUUCCUGAACCAUGCAGAUCUCAGGGGCGCUUUUUCUCAGCUUCUGUGCAGCGUGCUCAUGCU